AUGUCUUCAAUAUUCGGGCAACCGAAGCUUACGUCCAGCCUUUUUGGCAACCUCAACCCUGCCACAUCUGCACAACCUCAGCAAUCUUCAGGACAGACAACCAACCUUUUUGGCAGCCUUGGUGCUUCACAACCUCAAAUUCAAUCUUCUCUGUUUUCCAGUCCUGGAAGCGAUCAGAAGCCAACCCUUUUCGGCUCGUCACAACCACAACAGCAGACGGGCACCGCCGGCGGUGGGCUCUUCGGCACUGGUUCAGCGUUACAUGUGUGGCCUCAGCAGACGUCUAGCUUGUUUGGAGGCGCUCAGGGCAAUGCAGCUACAACGCAACCUGCUGGCCCUUCCCUUUCACAACCACAGAAACAAGACGACCAGUCGGGACAAGCAGCCCAGGGACAGCAGCAACAGCAAGUAGGUCAACAAUCGCAAGGAGGACAAGUGACUUCGCAACCAGCCUAUUUUAAUAACCUGCUCGAGAAAGCAAGGAAGAGGACCCAUGAUGCUGAUGGAGGACCUGGCUUUAGAGACCUGCCAAGCUUGCAACUAGGCCUCGGCGAUAUUGCGAAGAAAGUGAGGGAGCUGGGAAGUGUCGGUACACAAACGCACCGAGGUAGAGCGGUGGACAGUAGUGCGCACUAUCUUCUCGCUGCCUCUGGCAUCAUCCCUGGCACGACGCAGCGAGAUCUCAACUCUCUGGCCGCGCAAGCGCCCUCCAGUGGAAAUUCGCAUCCGCCUCCACAAUGGGAUCCUGACACGCACAAACAUGUCGAGCAGUUACAGCAGCAAUCUACACUCAGAAUGAUAUCUGAAGGUCUGGAACGAGCCCAAAAAAAUUUCGAUGCUUAUCUUGAAGAAAAUGUUGACAUCAAUUGGGAGCUGCAGCGGAAAAAGAUUUACGAGCACUUUGGGCUUAUGCCUAAGCAUGGAGAAGUUUUUGAUGACGUGGCAAGCGGUCCUGGCUUAAGAGGAAGGUUUGGCAAAUCGACAAGAAGAGGACGGACAAACAAUGCCAACCGUCCAGGUCAAUCGAGUCUCAACAGAAGUAUCUUUGGUCAGUCGAGUAUCCAGAAGUCUGUUAUAGGUACUCCAGGGGUAGGCUCUGCGAAUGCGACCCUUUUCGCGGAUGUCGCAGAGAAAAACGCACCAGCACCAGCAAUCCAAGAUGGUCGAUUCACAAGGGAGAAGCAGCGCAAGUUCGCGGAGAAAGUGCAAACGCUGAACCGCGCACGACUCGACGAAAGCUCAUACCCUGUGCUUCAAGAAUUGAAAGGCAUUGAGAGUCAGCCGGGAGGAGAGUCCCCGAAGCAGCUCGCAGACUCAUAUGAUGCAUUGAUCGAGAUUGUCGGAGAGACUGGGGCAAAGGAACGGCAAUUCGCUGAUGAUUACCUCGAUGAAGUUCCUAACUCUGCAAAGUCUAUGAAUAUACGAAAGAGGAUCAUAGAUGGCUCAAGACGUUGCUUAGAGAAGUCCUUUUUGCACGAUCUCGAGGACCUCGUUACUAGAAAUCCGAAGGAGGCCAACAUUGGAGGUGUUCCGACGACUAUCAACAAAGUCCGGGCUUACAUCAGGAUCCGUGCAGCGAGGAGGGACCUCUUUGCGGAUGGCUCUGAGCUACGUACCAUGAAUGACGAAUAUCCUUGGCCUUUGAUUUUCUUUCUCUUAAGGAGUGGUCUAGUCAAAGAGGCUGCGGAUUAUGUCGUUGCUAACGGUACAGCGUUCCGAACGAUCGAUCGAAACUUCUUGAACUAUAUUACUACCUACGCCAGGAACCCCGACAGAAGACUUGAUAGGAAAGUCCAGGAUCACAUCAGCCGAGAAUACUCUGCGCAAACUCGCGUUGCUCCAGACAAUGCAACUGAUCCAUAUCAAUUAGCUUGUUACAAAAUUAUUGGUCGUUGCGAGCUGACCAAACGAAGUAUUGAUAGCAUCAGCCAAGGAGUUGAAGAUUGGAUCUGGCUCCAGUUCAGCCUCGCAAGGGAGGUCAAUCGUGUUGAGGAAAGCGCUGGCGAAGUUUUUGGCCUCGAAGAAGUACGAGAGACUAUUCGCGAAAUUGGCCAACGCCACUUCUCCAAAGGAGCAGAGGGUAUAGGAGGCUAUGGCACGUACUUCUACCUGCAGAUCUUGGGAGGCAUGUUUGAGCAGGCGGUGUCGUACUUGUACUCCUACUCCUAUGCCGCUGCUGUACAUUUCGCUAUUGCCCUUGACUUUUACGGGUUGUUGCGUGUUUCAGACUUCUCAGUCAAUGAGACAGAACUUCUGACUUUUAACACCAAGGAGCUUCCUCAGAUCAGCUUUGGCCGCAUGAUUGGCUUCUAUACUCGCGACUUCCGAGCAGGUAACGCCGAGGCCGCUGUCGACUAUCUAACGUUGAUCUGUCUCAAUGCUGGCCUUCCAGGAGCAAUGGGCAGAUCUCAAGCAUCCUUAUGCCAUGAGGCUCUGCGUGAGCUGGUUCUUGAGACACGGGAGUUUGCGCAACUGCUCGGUGACGUCCGCGCGGAUGGGACAAGGUUGAAAGGAGCCAUCGAAAAGCGCCUGAAACUUAUCGCGUUAGCUGACCAAGAACAACUGCUCCGAGUCGUCACAAUCCAAGCAGCGAGUGUUGCAGAUGACAACGGCCGAGUCAAUGACGCAGUGUUGCUCUACCAUCUGGCUGAGGAUUAUGAUAAUGUAGUUUCCAUUGUUAACCGGACUCUCUCUGAAGCCAUCGGAGUCGAGAUCGGUCAAGAACCAAUGCGUCUGCAACCAUCAAGGCCGAGAACGAACGCUCAACAGGAACAUAAUCAGCACACUGAUGCCGGUACAUUGAGCUUGACCUCUGUUGAUGAUCCAGUUCUGCUGGCCCGCAACAUGAUUCGCCUAUACGGGAACAACGCAAUGUGUAGUCAGAAGAUCCGUGAGAGCAAUCGUGACGCGUGUGAUAUGCUCAUAGGGAUGGCUGAGGCAAAAGCCAGAACUGCUGCAGGCCACUGGUCGGAAGCCAUUGACAUUAUCGACUCUCUUAAAUUGCUACCCCUCCAAGCUCAUGCCUCCAUCCCAGUCAUCCGUGCGUGCGCCAACAACUUUAACGAGCUUGCUCCAGUGAUAUCCCGCAACAUUGGUCCUCUGCUUCUCUGGACCAUCACAUGCAUAGGGCAGCAGAGAGAGUUAUUAGCCUCGCGGCAGUACGGAGGCGGAGAGGGAGGGAUGAAUAAAGAAAUUAGCGACGAGCUUUUGGGCAGUGCAAGAGACUUGAUGGUUUUUGCGGGUUUGGUUAAGUAUAGACUCGGGGAGAAGGUUUGGGAAGCGAUAUGCUUUACUGGAGGCGAUGUUGGGAUCUAUUAA